AUGGACACUGAUGAUUUCAUCAACAUUGACAACGUCCCUAUGCUGACCAUCUUUCCCGAAGACAACGUGCGUUCGGCCAUGCAGUAUGAACCCAGCGCAAGCGACGUCCUUAUCGUAACUUACCCUAAAUGUGGCACUACGUGGGUUCAGUACAUUGUGGCUCACAUUUUGACCAAAGCGGAACCGCCCAAGAAACCGGCUGAGUACAUGCUCUGCUCUCCACUGGUGGAGCUGCUGGGGGCAGAGAGUGCCGUGAGAGCCGAAAGAAAAGGACCCUUAAUCACGCACCUGCCGCUCAGCAAUAUGGUGUUCUCCGAGCAAGCGAAGUACAUUUACGUUGCGAGAAACCCGUACGACUGUUCAGUUUCGUGCUAUUAUUUCUUCAAAGGCCUCACAUCAAGACGCAUAAAAGACGUAUCCUUUGGCACGUUUCUGGAGCAUUUCCACUGCGGGAGGACACUCUGCGGCGACUACUUCGACCACCUUAUUCCCUGGUACGAGAUGAGAAGUGAACCUAACGUGUUUUUUAUCACGUACGAGCAGCUGAAGAAGAACAAGGGUGAGGUAGUUCUCAAGAUUGCCGAUUUUCUCGGCGAUGAACACGGUAGGGCCUUACGCGAGGACAAGCAGUUUUACGAAAAGGUGUUGCAGUCUUCAAGUCUUGGAAACAUGAAGAAAGUCUUUGACUACACCCCUGUUGAGCGCGUAAAAGCACUGGGAGAACUUCCCCCGGCAAAAUUUCUCAAAUCUCUCGAAUCCUUCAAGGGAAUGACCAUAGAUAUGAAGGCGAUGCACGAAGGAGCAGCUUUCGUGCGCAAGGGGGACGUCGGAGACUGGCGUAGCCACUACACAGCAGAGCACAUUACCAGGACUAAAGCAUGGAUAGCGCAGAAGACCAAGGGGUGCGACGUCAUGAACUUGUGGAAGGACUUGGAUCUUCCGUAA